CAUGGACACUGGAUAUCAUUUCACAGACCUUUGAACACUUCAUAAUAGCCUUCCCUUGCUACUAGGUAACUGAUCUAAUUGUCUCAAACCAACCAUCACCAUCACCACCAUCAUCAUCAAUCAUGCCACCACCACCACCAUCACCACCACCACCAAUCCUUGCAUCCCCUCCAGGCUCCACCGCCGAAACCGGCAAGGAGGCUGCAUCUCCAGUCGACCAACUGGCGCAAAAGGAAAAGAACAAGGAAGAACCGUCGUCUCUAGAACAGUCGAUUGCAGAUCUACAAGCCCAGACAGCCGACUUGGAGGUCCAAAUCGCUGAAGCCAAGGCCCAAUUGAAGAACGACCCCAAAACUACGGUCCAACGACACAUCCGUCUCCUGCACGAAUACAACGAAAUCAAGGACAUUGGCCAGGGGCUACUAGGUCUGAUUGCAGACGCGCGCGGAGUGCGGCAAAUCGACGUGCAAAGAGAGUAUGGAGUAAGUGAUCAGGACUGAAAUCGUCCACUCCAUACAUCCAAACCUCUGCAGGGUGUGUUCGGCCACUGCCCAGAGUAAUUAUGAUUUAGCUCAAUAUAAUGUUUCUGUUUCUAUCUGACUAUCUGAGGGGAGACUCUUCAAGAGAUGAGUCCAGGUUUUGAGCCUGUUAUGAUGAAGGGGGAGGGCCAUUCGUUUCCGAUCGACCUCCAACCAACAGACUGCAAGUUUUUGAUCUAAACCACCGCCUGGUGAACCAGCAAACUCCGCAACAUGGUAGAU